AUGGCCGAGCGGCUGCUUCGCGUGGCCCUUGGCGCGCCGCCCUCCGGCGGGAAGUCGGCCGCCCGGCGGCGCUCCGCGCUGCGCCCGGCGGGCAGGAGGCCGUCGCAGCAGGCGGGCUCGAGGCGGGCGUCGGCCGGCGAGGCCGAGGAGCGGGCGGCGGAGAUCCGGCGGCUGAGGCUCGAGGAGGCACAGGCAGAAGCUGCCCAGCACAACGUCGAGAAGAUGCUGGACCUGCAGACCAACGUGAACAAGGUGCUGCGACGCCGGGCGGAGAGGAGCCGGGAAGACUUGUCCAAGAUGUACGCGAGGCUGGCCAAGUUGACGGGUCGCAAGGGUUUGAAGGAGACGUGGACCCGGCUGCGCAGCUCGAGCAGCGACUGGCCAGCUUCAAAAGCUACAUCGCCACUUACAACAGGACGUUGUUCUUCUGGCGGCAGCGUUUCGGGAGGUGGUUCGCAAGCGUGCGCCAGGCGUAUGGCAACGAGGUGGGCGACGUCAUCGAAGACCCGGAGUGCCCCGAAAGUUUAA